UUUUAUAAUGCUUUUAAUUAUUUCUCAAAUAAUUUUAUCAUAAAAAAUACAUGUUUUUUACAUAUAAUAGGAUAAUAUCUUAGAUAAUAUACUACGAUAAUACAUUAUCGUGAUAAUCCGAAAUUGUGUGAAAGUUGCUUUUCCGUUUAAAUAACAAUAUAUACUGCUCGACCGUGUACAUAUAAACAUAUAGAUAUAUGUAUGUAUUCAUAUAUGUAUACGUAGGAGAAUCGAUAGCGUGAACGUAUUCAAGGAGCCAUUCACUGCCAUAAGAUUCAGUUGAGUUUGAGACAACGCCGGUGAAUGUACUUCAUCGUUCCCACGUAUUUCAUAUAUUCUAAGUAAUUAAUAGGUUUUGAUUGUAUUGUAGUAAAAUGAUCGAAAAUACAGAAUUAAAUAUGAAGAUAAUCACAUUUCCCGAGUAUGUUUUAACCAAAUGUAAAAUAAAACAACUAAAAUUAGUUUAGUGUGUCAUAUGUUUAGUUAUAAAAGAUUAUAACUGUUGUGUUAAUGAUUAAUUUUCGCUGAAUUCAAGAAUUAUGUUCUAUCCUCAAAGAAUGAUGAGACAAAUCUCUGAAAUCUCCUAUGUUGGAGGUUUCAAAUUAAUAAGAAUGUCAAGUAAUCAAGAAGGAGAGUCUGGUAUAACGAUACCACUGCAAUAUAAUAAUUCUCAUUGGAAAUCUAUAUUUGAAAAAUAUGAUCUUGAUGGGGAUGGGAAAAUCUCGUAUCAAGAAUUGCGAGCUAUGAUACGCAGUUCUAGUUACUCUAAUGAUAUUCCAACCAGGGUUGUCCAUAUAAUAAUGCAUAAAGCAGAUCUAGAUGAUUCUGGAUAUCUAGAUUAUCCAGAAUUUAUAGCUAUGAUUCACAGAAAAGAUAUGCAAGGUGUUUUUGGUCAUCUUGUGCAACGAUAUGUACAAUCUAUGGUUCCACAAAGACCAUCUCCUUUUGAAGGUCUAGCAAGGUCUAGUGACAUACCUGAUGGACAGUAUGAAGAAGAAUAUAGUUGUAAACCUCCAGCACUAGCAAUGAUAAUUAUAUCUAUACUAGAAAUUACUUUAUUUUUAUACGAUGUGAUUGUAUAUAAAUCACCUUCAGUCGAAGGACCAGCAGCCACAUUAUUUAUUUAUAAUCCACACAAAAGAUACCAAGCAUGGAGGUAUUUAACAUAUAUGUUUGUACAUGUGGGAGUAUUUCAUUUAGUAGUAAACCUACUUGUGCAAAUAAUGCUGGGUAUUCCACUGGAGAUGGUACACAAAUGGUGGAGAGUAUUAACUAUAUAUAUAGCAGGUGUUGUAGCAGGAUCUCUUGGUACCUCUGUAUCGGAUCCUACAGUAUAUUUAGCAGGAGCAUCAGGUGGUGUAUAUGCAUUAAUUACGGCUCAUGUGGCAACUAUAUUAAUGAACUGGUCGCAAAUGGAAUUUGCUGUUUUACAAUUGUUAGUAUUCCUUGUUGUAACAGUUGUUGACAUUAGUCAAGCAAUAUAUAACCGUUACGUGUUAGAAACCAAUGACCAAGUUGGAUAUGUUGCUCAUUUUGCUGGUGCCAUUGCGGGUUUGCUCGUAGGUAUAAAUGUACUUCGUAAUCUCGAAGUAAAAACUUGGGAAAAAGUUGUGUGGUGGGCCAGUAUUAUUACUUACACUGUACUUAUGACAGCCGCCAUUUUAUGGAAUAUUUUAUAUACAUCUUAUUAUGAUUAGUAACUCUUAAUGGCUUCUAAAUAUUUAUUUUUUGCUGUUGCGUUUUCUAACGCAGUCGAAGUUUGUAAUCUUGCCACUAUGUAAGUAGAGACAAGUGAAACUUUUUUUACAAUACCAGUUAGAUAAAUAAGGUGCAAAUUUUAGUGCACUUGUAUAUAUCUAAACUGAACAUUAAUAUAUUGCAUACUGUGAUAUAGAAGGUCUCUAUAUUUUGCACAGGAGAAAUAGCUAUUAAAUAUCGUAAUGACAAAUAAUUUUAUACUCGAUAAUAUUCCGCGUUAAUGGUAAAAAAAUGUAAUAUAACUUUUUUGCUAUUUCAUUGUCUCUAAAGGUAUAAUAAAAACAAAUAUUUUUAUAAUAAUAAAUUAAGUACGUUAAAUGAUAAUCGUUCAAAGAUAAAAUAUUAAAUGCUAUAAAAUAUAACGAUAAGAUAUAAAUGUUAUAAAUGCUAUGUUUUAAAGCAAUAAUUGCAAUAUGAUAAUUUUAUAGUGCGUUGUUUUCAAUAUUUGAGUACAUGUUAGAGUAAUAUUUGAUUAGUAUUUAAUUUUGAAGAAAUAAAUUUUAUUAUAAUAUAUGUAAAAUAUUAAAAUAUUACUAGUAUAUAUAUACUAUUAUGGAACGUUUCUCUUCUAUGGUAACUUUUAUGUAAUAAGUUUCUGUGCUUCACUAUAUCAUGUAUUUAUAAUUCACUAUGUCAUGUACCUGAUUUGCAAACUACUAAACUAAUGUUACAGAACAAAUUUGUCCACAUAUAUGUGUAAGAUGUAUAAAGACCUUCAUAAACUUGAAAUUUUUAUGUCAAAAUCUAUGUUUUGGCUGCUAAAAUAGUAAAAUUAUUUGUUUCAAUAUAGAUAAAAACUUGACAAAAAUAGAACGACAAUAGAAAAUAAAAAAUUAGUGCCUUGUAAGUAUAAAAUGAAAUCUAAGUCUGAGGUGUAUAUAAAAAAUAGCACUGUUUUAACAUUAUCAUUUAUUUAAAAAUGCACUAUUUUAAUUUUAUUGGGAAAAUAAACAUACUAAGAUUUAAUUUUAACUACUCUGUUCAUAAUAAACUAUUAGACACAACUUUUAUAAAGUCACACUUAAAAUAUUACAAAAUUUUUAAUUCAAUAGUAAUUAUCUUAAAUUUUGGCGAUAUAUCAAAAUCAUAAAAGUAUAUUUUAGAAGAUACCCAUGAAUCAUGAGGUACAAUCAUUUGAAACAGUAUAUUUCAAUUUAAAGUAAUUUUAAUAAUUAUUCGGGUUUGUCAUGCACAAGUAUAUCUAUUAUGUUCUGUUACUAAUUAAGUUAAUUAUUAAUAUCAGUAUAUGCAAGGAAAAUGCAAGUAUAUUAAUUUUUUUAUUCUCACCAAAUAAAAUCUUUAUUUUUUUCAUUCUUCUUUUAUUUUUAUCACAUAAAUACUAAUCAUAUCUUUAAGAUUCAAAUAUCUGAAAUACGCACAAGAAGGGAACACAGCUUACAAUCCAAUGAAAGUCAAAGAUAAUAUAAGUUCUUCAUUUUGUACUUUCAUAUUAAGAUAACCGAUUUAAAAUUAGACUGUUCUCGAGAGUAACGAAAUACAUAUAAUGAAAAUGCAAAAUAUGAAACUAAACUAUUAGUUUAAGAGCUUCAUUGUAAAAGACGUAAUUAAUACGAUAAUUGAAGUGAAGUUGUUUUAAAAAUGUAUGUUACAUGAUAGUUGUAAUGAUCUUAAUAGACAGGGUAAUCCGACAGAAAAUCGAGAGAAACUGAACAAAAAUUAUUUUAAAACGAACUUGAGCGAAUAAAGAAAAUUUUGAUUGACUGAAUAAAGAAAAAUUUAUCAAAGAA